AUGGAAGGGGAAUCAUUGUAUGAAGCUUGGGAAAGAUAUAAGGCACUAAUGAGAAGAUGUCCACCUGACAUGUUUAGUGAUUGGGUCAAACUCCAAAACUUCUAUGAAGGCUUAAGCUUAGAAGCAAGGAAGGGACUAGACUACUCAUCAGGAGGAUCACUCAACAUGAUGAAAACUGCUGAGGAGGCUCAAGACCUCAUUGAGAUUGUGGCAAACAAUCAGUAUUAUUACUCAUCAAAGAGGCAACAUAACCCGACCCCAAAGAAAUGCGUAAUGGAGCUUGAAGGUGUUGACGUUAUCUUGGCACAAAAUAAGUUAAUGCACCAACAGAUUCAGCAACAAAUGGAAAUGAUAACAAAGAGAAUGGAUGGUCUCCAACUAGCAUCAGUGAACACAACAAAUCAAUCAUCACUUGAAUGGGGCCAAGGUGAAGGGACCACUGUUGAACAGCCACAAGAACAAGUUCAGUACAUGCAGAAUACUUCAAAUUCUCAGGAUGAAUUUCAUAGUGAUACAUACAACCCAUCCUGGAAGAAUCAUCCCAAUCUAAAGUGGGGUGAAAACCAUUGGCAAAAGAACAACAACCACAACCACACCCGUAACACAAAUAACCAAAAUCACCAUGCCACCAACACUAACCAAUAUAGAAAAACACAAAACACAUAUCAACCACCUCAUAAUAAUUCACAAACUCACCAAAACAACUUUCCUGCACCAACAUCCAACUCACAAAAUUACCACACUAAUCCACCCAACAACUUCCAACAACAAUCAACCCCCAUCAUAUCCCCAAUUGACCAUCAUGAGACCAGAAUCUCAAAUCUUGAAGCAACCUUGCAAGCACUUGCUCAAACCACUCAAGCCUUAAUGAAGGGACAAAAGGAACAUGAGGCUACCAUGAAGAAUAUUUAG